AUAGCUUACGACCUACAGCCUGCUGCUGUUUCCCUCCACUGACUGACUGACUGACUGAAAGCUGCUGCUGCUGCUGGGCUCCUGCCUCGGUAGUGUGCUGUUCGGUUCCGGGCUGGUUCCGCGGGUCGGCUCGUUCGGAGCUCUUCUUCAGCUGCAGUGGACGGGUCGGAACUGCUCGGUAUCAGUGAGGGGCGCUUUAGAGUGCCCUCCUGGAGGAGGCAGGAGGAGGAGGAGGAGGUGGGGGAACAAUAGGAGCCGGCGGCGGUAGCAGGACGCGGACACACUCACUCACUCACACUCACACACUGAGAUAUAUAUCUCUCCAAGGCAGGGAUGGGGAGGCUUUAACGCUCGCUGCUUCGUUUUCCUUUGCGGUACGGCUCGCUUUUCUCUGGAUUUACUUGCUGCAGGGUUUUAACGGGAGCUGGGAAAUCUCCGAGCCGGGAGAGAUGAACAGCGGCGGGGAGGCAGCCGAGGAGGGGGGUCCCAACGACCCGGACACGGAGGCGUUCUUCAAAACAGGGUCUUUCAGGAGUGAGGGGAUUAAGGCGUGUGAUGUUCUGCCUGUGCUGAGAGAGAAAGUGGCCUUUGUGUCAGGUGGCCGUGAUAAGAGAGGAGGGCCGAUUCUGACGUUUCCAGCUAGAAGUAACCACGACAGAAUAAAGCAGGAGGACCUGAGGAAACUUGUAACGUACCUGUCGACUGUGCCCAGUGAGGAUGUGUGUAAGCGGGGCUUCACAGUGAUCAUUGAUAUGCGUGGCUCUAAGUGGGAUCUAAUCAAGCCGUUAUUGAAGACUCUGCAGGAAGCGUUCCCGGCUGAGAUCUGCGUCGCCCUCAUCAUCAAACCCGACAACUUCUGGCAGAAGCAGAAGACCAACUUUGGCAGCGCCAAGUUCACUUUUGAGACUAGUAUGGUGUCAGUGGAGGGUCUGACCAAGUUAGUGGACCCAUCUCAAUUAACCGACGACUUCGAAGGCUCACUGGAGUACAACCACGAGGAGUGGAUGGAGCUACGUGUAGCACUGGAGGAGUUCCUGGGCAGUGCUGUGCACCUCCUCUCACGACUGGAGGACCUGCAGGAGCUGCUGGCUAAGAAAGAGUUCCCCGUGGACGUGGAGGGCUCGCGGCGGCUCAUAGAGGAGCACACGCAGCUGAAGAAGAAGGUGAUGAAGGCUCCGGUGGAGGAGCUGGACCGGGAGGGUCAGAGGCUGCUGCAGUGUAUACGUUCCAGCGAUGGGUUCUCGGGGAGGAACUGUAUCUCAGGCAGUGCAGACUUUCAGAGCGUGGUGCCCAAGAUCGCCAGCCUGCUGGACAAGCUGCACAGCACCAGGCAACAUCUGCACCAGAUGUGGCAUGUGAGAAAGCUGAAGCUGGACCAGUGCUUUCAGCUACGUCUGUUCGAGCAGGACGCAGAGAAGAUGUUUGACUGGAUCAGCCACAACAAGGAGCUGUUCCUGCAGAGCCACACUGAGAUCGGAGUGAGCUACCAGCAUGCCGUAGACCUGCAGACGCAGCACAACCACUUCGCCAUGAACUCUAUGAAUGCAUAUGUGAACAUAAAUCGGAUUAUGUCGGUGGCAUCGCGGUUGUCGGAGGCAGGUCACUACGCGUCCCAGCAGAUAAAACAGAUCAGUGCUCAGCUGGAUCAGGAGUGGAAGAGUUUUGCUGCCGCUCUUGAUGAACGCAGCACCAUUCUGGCCAUGUCUGCUGUCUUCCACCAGAAAUCAGAACAGUUUCUCUCUGGUGUGGAGGCGUGGUGUAAGAUGUGCAGUGAAGGAGGGCUUCCCUCAGAGAUGCAGGAUUUGGAGCUGGCCAUCCACCACCACCAGACUCUAUACGAGCAGGUCACACAGGCCUACACUGAGGUGAGCCAGGAUGGGAAAGCGCUGCUGGAUGUUCUGCAGCGUCCGCUGAGCCCCGGUAACUCAGAGUCUCUGACUGCGACAGCAAAUUACUCUAAAGCAGUGCACUGCAUCCUGGACGUGGUCCACGAAGUUCUCCAUCACCAUCGCCGCCUCGAGAGCAUUUGGCAGCACCGCAAAGUGCGUCUGCACCAGAGGCUCCAGCUGUGUGUGUUUCAGCAGGAUGUACAACAGGUGAUGGACUGGAUAGAGAACCACGGCGAGGCCUUUCUGAGUAAACACACAGGAGUGGGCAAAUCUCUGCACAGAGCAAGAGCCCUGCAGAAACGCCAUGAUGACUUUGAGGAAGUAGCUCAGAACACCUACACUAACGCAGACAAGCUGCUGGAAGCUGCAGAACAGCUGGCUCAGACUGGUGAAUGUGACCCGGAGGAGAUCUAUAAGGCAGCGCGGCACCUGGAGGUCAGGAUCCAGGACUUCGUGAGGAGAGUAGAGCAACGGAAGCUACUGCUGGACAUGUCCGUCUCUUUCCACACUCACACUAAGGAGCUGUGGACAUGGAUGGAGGAUCUGCAGAAGGAGCUGUUGGAGGAAGUGUGUUCAGACUCUGUGGAUUCGGUACAGGAGCUUAUCAAACAGUUCCAGCAGCAGCAGACCGCCACACUGGAGGCCACGCUCAACGUUAUUAAAGAGGGGGAGGACCUCAUUCAGCAACUCAGAGACUCAGCCAUGAGCAGUAAUAAGAUGCCCCAUAACAGCUCUAUCGCCCACAUUGAGAGCGUGCUGCAGCAGCUGGAUGAAGCUCAGGGUCAGAUGGAGGAGCUCUUUCACGAGAGGAAGAUCAAGCUGGACAUCUUUCUGCAGCUACGUAUCUUUGAGCAGUACACCAUUGAGGUGACUGCAGAACUGGAUGCGUGGAAUGAGGACUUGAUGCGGCAGGUGAGCGAGUUUAACGCAGAAGAGCCCAGUCUCGUGGAGCAGAGGCUUCAGCGACACGCCGAGAGAAAAGUGGCCAUGACCAACAUGACCUACGAGGUCAUCCAGCAAGGCCAGGAUCUACACCAGUAUAUCAUGGAAGUCCAGGCUUCAGGAAUUGAGUUGACAGGGGAGAAAGAAGUGGAUUUGGCCACUCAGGUUCAGGAGCUGCUGGAGUUCCUGCAUGAGAAACAGCAUGAGCUGGACAUGAGCGCAGAACAGACACAGAAACGAAUAGAGCAGUGUCUUCAACUACGCCAUCUACAGGCUGAGGUUAAACAGGUGCUGGGAUGGAUCCGUAACGGUGAGUCCAUGCUGAAUGCCAGCAUGGUGAACGCCAGCUCCCUGUCUGAGGCUGAGCAGCUACAGAGAGAGCACGAGCAGUUCCAGCUGGCUAUAGAGUCUCUGUUCCAUGCGAACUCCCUGCAGAAGACACAUCAGAGUGCUCUGCAGGUCCAGCAGAAGGCUGAGGCCAUGCUGCAGGCUGGCCACUAUGACCCUGAAGCUAUCCGCACCUGUGCUGAGAAGGUUGCUCUGUAUUGGCAGCAGCUCAUGCUGAAGAUGGAGGACAGACUCAAACUGGUCAAUGCUUCAGUGGCCUUCUACAAAACCUCUGAACAGGUAUGCAGUGUGUUGGAGAGUUUGGAGCAGGAGUACCGCAGAGAUGAGGACUGGUGUGGGGGUCAUGAUAAGCUGGGUCCUGCAGCUGAGACUGACCACGUGUUUCCCCUCAUCAGUAAACACCUGGAGCAGAAAGAGGCCUUCCUCAAGGCGUGCACUCUAGCCAGACGCAAUGCUGAAGUUUUCCUCAAGUACAUCCACCGCAAUAACGUCAGCACCCCUGCGUCGUCCUCCGGCAACACACGCAGCCCUGAGCAACAGGUCAAAGCCAUCCUGAAUGAGCUGCUACAGAGGGAGAACAGAGUCCUGCACUUUUGGACCAUGAAGAAACGGCGACUGGACCAGUGCCAGCAGUAUGUGGUGUUUGAACGCAGUGCCAAACAGGCAGUAGAGUGGAUUCAGGAGGCGGGAGAGUAUUUCCUGUCGACGCACUGCUCUGCUGGAGACUCGCCUGAGAAAAAUCAUCAGCUGCUGAAAGAAUACCAGGAGUUCUGCAUUCCUGCCAAACAAACCAAGGAAAAGGUAAAGCUGCUGAUUCAGCUGGCUGACAACUUUGUGGAGAAGGGCCACGUGCACGUGACUGAGCUGAAGAAAUGGGUGAGCACUGUGGACAAGCGCUACCGAGAUUUCUCCCUGCGCAUGGGCCAGUACCGCUGCUGCCUGGACAGUGCUCUGGGGGUCAGCUCCGAGGAUAAUAAGGACUUGGAGUUGGAUAUUAUUCCUGCCAGCCUGACUGACCCAGAGGUCAAACUUCGAGACCCCAACCAUGAGGUCAACGAGGAGAAGAGGAAGUCGGCCAGGAAGAAAGAGUUUAUUAUGGCAGAGUUGCUGCAGACUGAAAAAGCCUAUGUCAGAGAUCUUCACGAGUGUUUAGAAACAUACCUGUGGGAGAUGACGAGUGGUGUGGAGGAGAUCCCGCCAGGAAUCGCCAACAAAGAACAUGUCAUCUUUGGAAACAUCCAGGAGAUUUAUGACUUCCACAAUAAUAUCUUCUUGAAAGAGUUGAUUAACUAUGAGCAGCUACCCGAGGAUGUGGGCCAUUGUUUCGUCACAUGGGCGGAUAAAUUCCACAUCUACGUGUCGUACUGCAAAAACAAGCCAGACUCAAGCCAGCUCAUCCUGGAGCAUGCUGGGAGCUUUUUUGACGACAUUCAGCAGAGACACGGCCUGGCCAACUCCAUCUCCUCCUACCUUAUCAAACCCGUCCAGAGGAUCACCAAAUACCAGCUACUCCUGAAGGAGCUGCUGAGCUGUUGUGAGGAGGGUAAAGGGGAGAUUAAGGAUGGGCUGGAGGUGAUGUUGGGCGUGCCAAAGAGAGCCAAUGAUGCCAUGCACCUCAGCAUGCUAGAAGGUUUUGAUGAAAAUAUGGAUGUACAGGGAGAGCUGAUCCUACAGGACACUUUCCAAGUGUGGGACCCCAAAUCUCUGAUCCGGAAAGGUCGGGACCGCCACCUCUUCCUCUUCGAAAUCUGCCUCGUCUUCAGCAAGGAGAUCAAAGACUCGGCUGGACGCACCAAAUACGCCUACAAGAAUAAACUACUGACGUCUGAGUUGGGGGUGACGGAACAUAUAGAGGGGGACCCCUGUAAAUUUGCACUGUGGGCGGGACGGACACCCUCAUCCGACAACAAGACUGUGCUUAAGGCUUCCAGCAUUGAGGUGAAGCAAGAGUGGAUAAAGAACAUUCGGGAAGUGAUUCAGGAGAGGAUCAUUCACCUGAAGGGGGCACUAAAGGAGCCCAUUCCAAUACCUAAAACCCCUGCUAAACCUCGCAGCAACAGCAGAAGGGACACUGGAGAGGAUGCUGAUAGUCAGGGAGAUGGCAGCAGUCAGCCUGACACCAUCUCCAUCGCCUCACGAACCUCACAAAACACUGUGGACAGCGACAAGCUCUCGGGAGGGUGUGAGUUGACGGUGGUGCUACAGGACUUUGUGGCCAGCUGUACAGCCGAGCUCAGCGUGCAGACGGGUCAGACGGUGGAGCUGCUGGAGAGGCCCAGCGAGCGUCCAGGAUGGUGUUUGGUCCGGACUACGGAUAAGAGCCCGCCUCAGGAGGGCCUGGUGCCCAGCGGAACUCUCUGCAUCUCUCAUUCCCGCAGCAGCGUGGAGAUGGACUGCUUCUUCCCGGCAGGCAAAGAGAACUACACGGUCAGUGGUCCAGAGGGUAAGACGGACUCGGUGGCGGCGCUGCAGCCGCAGGCCUCGCUCACGUCCAUCCACAGCAGCUCUCCGGGGCCCAAGCGCUCCGGGAACACACUGAAGAAGUGGCUCACCAGCCCGGUCCGCCGCCUCAGCCACGGCAGCAACGUCAAAAAGCUGCCCAGCAAGCAGAAGCAGAAGAGAGACGGACGCAAGAGCAUCGACCUGGGUCCACCCGAGACGCAGGACGACGGCCUGGAAGAGAGGGAAAGGAAAGCUGGAACGCUCUCCAAGUCAUCAGGAAUGCAAAGCGGAGGAGAGGAAGAGCCAGAGGAUGAGUCUCACACUCCUCUACCUCCACCCAUGGAGAUCAUUAAAGACCCUUCCGCACAGGAGGAGAAGUCGUCCGCCUUGCUUGCUUCACGGCAGGGUUCCACCGAGGUGCCCAGCGCCGCAGAGCUCGUCAGUGCUAUAGAGAAACUGGUCAAAACUAAGAUGACAUUAGAGGGAGGGACGUAUCCUGGUUUCAGCUCUGUGAGUCCGGUGGAGCAGAGCCCUGCCCAGCCCAGAAACCCUGAGCUCGAGCAGAAAGCCAAAGCACUGCGAGGACGCAUGUUUGUCCUCAAUGAGCUCAUACAGACAGAGAAGGACUAUGUCAAAGACUUGGGCAUCGUAGUAGAGGGAUUCAUGAAGAAGAUAGAGGAGAAAGGAGUUCCUGAAGAUAUGAAAGGAAAAGACAAGAUCGUCUUCGGAAAUAUUCACCAAAUCUAUGACUGGCACAGAGAUUUCUUUGUAGGGGAACUGGAGAAAUGCCUUGAAGAUCAUGAAAAACUGCCGGAGCUGUUCAUCAAACAUGAGCGGAGGCUAUACAUGUAUGUGGUUUACUGCCAGAACAAACCCAAAUCAGAAUUCAUAGUGGCUGAAUAUGAUUCAUAUUUUGAGUCGAUUCAACAAGACGUAAACUCAAGACUGGGCAUCAGCGAUUUUCUUAUCAAGCCAAUUCAGAGAAUAACCAAAUAUCAGCUGCUGUUAAAGGACUACUUGAAAAACAGUAACAAGGCUGGGCUGGACUGUUUUAAUAUUGAGAAAGCAGUUGAUCUGAUGUCUCAGGUGCCUAAACUCUGCAAUGACAUGAUGAACCUUGGCAGGCUACAGGGCUAUGAGGGAAAGCUGACGAGUCAGGGGAAACUGUUGCAGCAGGAGACGUUUUUUGUGACCGAGCAGGACUCUGGAGUUCUGUCUCGGAGUAAAGAGCGCAGAGUCUUCCUUUUUGAGCAGAUCGUCAUCUUUAGUGAACUUCUCCGCAAGGGCUCCUCAACACCCGGCUAUCAGUUUAAAAAGAGCAUCAAGGUGAGCUACCUGGAUCUGGAAGAGCAUGUGGACAACGACCCCUGUAAGUUUGUGCUGUCGUGCCGUGGGUCGUCUGAGCGCUUCACUCUGCAGGCAGCAAACACUGACAUUAAGCAGGUGUGGGUGCAUCACAUCACAAACCUGCUGGAUGCACAAAGGAACUUCCUGUCAGCUCUUCAGUCUCCUAUCGAGUAUCAGAAGGAGAAGAGUAGCUCUCUGAAGCGGAACGCCUCCACCGGGGGACGCAGCGGUCAGUCCAGCAGCAGACCCAACUCCACCACAUCAGUCAGCCCAGAGAAACCUCCCUUGUGUGGGCGGGUCUCAGCUCCACUAAAGACUUCUACCUCUAAUGGCAGCCCCUGCUUUGAGUCCCACAAACACUCGGACAGAAUCGAGAGCUCUAAGCAUGACCGGGUCGGCUGUAACGGUAUGUCCUCCUCCAUGAUGGUGACUCAGGACUACAGUGCACUGAAGGAGAAUGAGAUCUGCGUGUCGCAGGGUGAAAUGGUACAAGUGCUCGCUACUAAUCAGCAGAACAUGUACCUGGUGUACCGACCCGCCAACAGCCAAUCCCCUGCUGCCGAGGGCUGGGUACCAGGACACAUCCUCGGCCCUCUCUCUAAAUCCAUCAUAGACACUGCUGCUGACUCGAACAUCAAGAAGUCUCUGUCGUGGAACACACUCCGCGCCCGCAAACGUGCCGAGAAGGAGAGCGGGGGUAAAAGUGACCCAAAGCUUGAGAAUGGACUGCGUAAGCCAAAGGACACUCUCAGCAGCAAGGUCACUGUAAAAGAGUCUCACAGCUCAGAGGAAUCAGAAUGUGAGGAUGAACUAGACCCCAAAACUAGCAUGGAGUUAAUGAAUCCCAAUUUCAUUCAAGAAGUGGCUCCGGAGUUUCUUAUCCCUCUGGCUGAUGUAACCUGUGCUCUGGGGGAAACCGUGGUGCUGUGCUGUAAAGUCUGCGGCCGACCAAAACCCACCAUCACACUGAAGGGUCCUGACCAAGGCCUACUCGUCAAUAACAACCGCUUCACCAUUAAUAUCAGGGAUACGGGAGAUAUUCUGUUGAAGAUCUGUAACCUGAUGCCCCAGGACACUGGCAUCUACACUUGUGUUGCCGUUAACGACCACGGAACGGCCUCGUCCUCUGCAUCUAUUAAAGUGCAAGGUGUUCCAGCAGCUCCGGCACGACCAGUAGCACAGGAGGCCAGCAGUACGGCUGUGGUGGUGCACUGGCUUCCCCCUGCCAGCUCCGGCAACUGCGCCAUAAGCAGCUACACCGUGGAGUACAGACAAGAGGAUUCCUUGGUGUGGCAGCAGUCUGUGGUGUCCACAGCCGAAAUGUGUGUGAAGAUUGAGAACUUGAUCCCAGGUGGGAACUACCAGUUCAGAGUAAGAGCCAGCAACCACUGGGGCAUCAGUGCCCCGAGUGAGCCCUCCAACAUGGUCACUCUACCCAGCUGUGUUUCAACAUACGAUGGAACAGGAAUCCACUGGAAAGAGAACUUUGAAUCAGCGUUUAUAGAGAUGGGUGAAAUCGGAAGGGGUCGUUUCUCCGUGGUGAGGAAAUGUCUGCACAAGUCCAGUAAGAAGGAGAUGGCGGUGAAGUUUGUCAAUAAGAAGAUGCAGAAAAAAGAGCAGGUGGCUCACGAGGCAGAUAUCCUAAAACAUGUCCAGCACCCUCAGUUGGUGAUGCUGAACGACACCUACGAGUCCCCCACAGCCUACAUACUGAUCCUGGAACUGCUGGAGGGUGGACGCCUUCUAGAUUACCUGGUGGCCCAUGAUGAGCUGAUGGAGGAAAAGGUGGCUUUCGUCAUUAAGGAUACUCUGGAGGCCUUACAGCAUCUGCACAACUGCAAAGUGGCUCACUUGGACGUGAAGCCUGAAAACCUGAUGGUGGCUCGUCACAUGCCCGUUCCGUGUGUGAAGCUCAUAGACUUUGGCGAUGCAGUGCAGAUAUCAGGCCACUGUUAUGUGCACCUCCUGCUGGGAAACCCUGAGUUUGCUGCUCCGGAGCUGAUCCAGGGUACCCCCGUCUUCUUAUCCACUGACGUGUGGAGUGUGGGGGUGCUGGCCUACGUCCUCCUGAGCGGAGUCUCCCCGUUUCUGGACGAAAGCCUGGAGGAGACCUGUGUCAACAUCUGCAAACUGGACUUCUGCUUUCCAGAUGAGUAUUUCUGUGACGUGAGUCAGGCAGCGAGAGAUUUCAUCAUCUUGGCACUGAACCAGGACCCCAGGAAGAGACCUAGCGCCUCCACGUGCCUGCAGCACCUGUGGGUGGGCGCUCACAGCGGAGACUACUCUAAGACGCCGCUGGAUACGGCCAGACUCGCAGCUUUUAUUGACAGGAGAAAACAGCUGCAUGACAUCAGACCUAUCACUAAUAUUAAAGGGCUGGUCAGUAGCACUAUGGGGCACACCAUUUAGGAGGGAAGUAUGGAGUGAUGUUGUAGCUGGCAUACAGUAUGUUGUAGGAUACUCUUAUAAAUAGGGCUGCAGCGAUUAGUCGAUAUUAUCGGCAAUGUCGAUUAUUUAAAUUUGUCUACUACAAAUUUCAUUGUCGACUAAUCAUUAAUUUGUAAAAGUACUGCAUUACACAAAGUGCUGGGGACAGAAUUACAAUGGGAGAUGGGUAAAUAGCUUUAAAUUCAACUCAGUGUGUGUUUUCAAAAUUGCCCAGGCACAACAGAUUUCAUAUUUGCCUACUAAGUUUAGUACUUCCCAUGUUUAAACAAAAUCCAGAUAUUUAAAUGCCUUUUAAACCUCAUAUUCAGCUGAUUUUAUUGGUUUUAGAGAUAGAGGACAUGGCAGAAAUAGUUGUUGACUAAUCGAUGACUAAUCGACUAAAAAAUACCAAAAUAAUCAUUAGUUGCAGCCCUACUUAUAAAUAGUAAUAAAAAUAAUAAUAAUGGUUCCUAAAUAGGUAUUGGCUUGGACCAAAGGUUCCUUGCACUCAUACUCAUUUAUAUCUCAUUUAUUAUUUUUUAAAAAUGGAUUUAUUUCUAUUUAUUUACCCUUAUUUCUUCCAUAUUUAGAAAUGCAAACUAGCAUGUGCCUCCUCUGACUAAUGAGAAAUCAGCACCGCGUUUAUUCAAACUGCCACUGAUGCACUGGCAUCACCAGAUAGCCCAUGUGCCCAGCUAUCAUACAUCAGCCAAUAGACGCCUGCGCUGGCCAAUAUUACAUUUGGAGUGACACAGGGAAGCGAGCUCCAUCUACCCACCCCAGAAAGAGAGAGCAAGGCCAGUUUUGCUCUCACAGACUCUGGCUGCUGAUGCCAAACCUUUAUUUAGUUUAUUUUAUUUUUUAAAGAACAACCCAUCUAAAAAAAAAACUUCAGGAAACCAGAAGUGGUUCAUCAGUAGCCUAGCUCUGAUGAACAACCCUUUUGGACACAUUUUGGGCACCAUUUUUAGGAGUGGACUAUACCAAACUGAGUUUUACUGCAUACAGAAGAAAGAAGGAAAGAAGAAGUUGUGGAUGUGAAGCUCAAAUAUGGUGUUUCAUAUCAAAUAUAUAUAGCAGGGAUUUAUCACUCUGGCCCAUCAAAACAAGGCCAGCAUCAUCAUUAAAAACGAAGAAAAAAACAACAAUACAAAGUUCCACUGCCUGUCUAGAGAACGAGCGUGUGCUCUCCACAGCUAGACAGGGCCAUCUAGUGGUUAGGAGUGUGGUGUAUUGAGCCUCUGGCCCACUAUGGAAAUACUACUAUACGCAAAGCUGUGGGCUGAAGUAUUUAAAGUUGUGCAUCACUGUGGGUAAACGUUCUAAAUGUUAGCCAUUUAAACAAGAAAGAAAGAAAAAAAACAAUCUCAGAGCAUAAAUUCAAGUUUAACCUUUGUUGAAUGUACAGUAAUAUAGAAUGUGGUUUAACACUGCUGUACUAACUGAAGAUAUGAGAUAUUUAGCACUGUUUUCUAGAGAAAAAAAGCAUUGUCUGUAGAUAUAGGACAGCAGAUAUUUUUACAGGUUUAAUAUGAGAUUAAUGGGAGUAUAUAGGAUAUUAAGCAGUAUGUGUAGUUACAGCCUAUGCAUAGAGUUUACACAACGUCACACAAUCGGCUUUAGUUUAUCAUUAAAUUGUUCAUCCGUAAUAAAUAUCAAUAUUGAUGCCUUGUUUUAUGAUAUUGAUGAGAAGGUGAUUUAUGAUUGUUUCUGAACAUUUUACAGUUAAUUUAUUCACCCCUUUUUGGUGCAUUUGACAUGUUUUCAUGUUGGUUGUCGAACCUGUCUGUCUGUAUUGACCUUUUUAAUUUUCAUGAACCCUAAAGCCUUAAACGUACUUAUUCUGUUUUUUUACCCUAUUUAUAUAAUUUAAGUGACGGUCUGUAUUUUUAAUAGCAGACUGAUAUAUUUUUAUGUUGGGUUUAUUUGUCAAAUUUUCAUUUGGACUUUUAUGUGAGGAGAAAUAUGUGUUUGAUAUUUUUAGUUGUGUGGUCCUGUUAAAAAAAAAUUCAAACAUUUACUCUGAAAUAAACACUGAUUUUGACACCAUGCACUUCUUGUACACCUACCUGUAAUAACUUACAGCAUAUGUACUGUUACCAUCUUUUCACAAUGACCAAGGCUGUGUUCACAUUAUCAGGUUAAAUGUUCAGACUGCCAGCCCAAAUCCAGAUUUGUAUCCAGAUUGAGUUUUGACAAUCUGAACAGACAGAAAUCACAUGACAUUUUUGCAAGUGGUUUAAAAUGCGAUUAGAAUCUGAUUUGUACAGACUGAUGUGUCUCAGUCUGAACCCCCUGACCUAUCUGAUCACUUGCAAGCUGCCAAGCACAUUCUUACAGCUACAAUUUCACACAAAAAAUUAUGUUUACAAUCACGUAUUACGCCCACAAAUUGAACAUGCAUCCAGUUUGGGAUCACAUAUAAAAGAGUCUCAAAUUAAAUUUUACAAGAUCAAAUUUCCACACAGUCCUGAAAAAAAACAGGCCUGUGACGCAUCAGCUUUACCUUUAGCCGGGUAAUUUGAACAUAGCCUUAUCCUAGUCUAUAAACAGAAACACAUCUAGUUCAAUAGAUUGUCACUGGUUGAUAUAUUUAACUUUAUAUGCUGUAUGUCAGGGGUUGGCAAUUAAGUUUGACUGCGGGCCAAAUAUUUUCCAAGCCAUAACAUGGUGGCCCACAACAAAAAAUAUUCUGCUUUGGAAAAUGAAGUGUAAUGGGAUGGACUGCUACAGACUAGUAGCUCUCCAGUCCAGAGGGUUGUUGAACCCAAUGCGGUAUAUUUUCAAACUUUCAGUUCCAUCAUUGAUCUCCCAGGUUUGAGGACAGAUAUGGUCUAUUGUGACACUGAGGUAUCUAUUGUUAUUGUAUGUAUUACUAUUGUUCUUGGACGGGUCAAUUCUUUGAAAGCCUCAUAAUAAGAUACUAUGCUAUUCAAAUGAAGGAUUUUGAAGAAUAAGAAAGAACACCACAGUCAACAGCCAAAUAACCAGAAACCAAACCACCACAGUAAUAAAUGACGCUACAUGCCAGCAUGAUCGGUUGCUAGCAAUGGGAUGCCUGUUCUGAACUAUGAAGGUCCAGAGAUUUACUCUUCAGUAUUCCUUGAACAUUUUAUUUUAUCAUUUACAUUCUAUGUUGUAAGAUGCUUCAAUGCUGCACAUUACAUUUGCUAGUAUAUAAUCAUGCUGUUUGAUUUUAUUAUUUGUAGGGCUAUGCAGUAGUCAUCAAGAUGUCAUCAUGAUUUGAGGCAUAUUCUGCAAACAAAUAAAACCUGCUUUUGUCAUUUUAGUCAUGAUAGUAUUGCUGUACAUAAAUGGAAGUGUACAAUUUGCAUACCAAAAUGAAAAUGUCAUUUCUUGAAUCAUAUGGGCUGUUUGUUUGUUACUGGAUGUUUAAUAAACAGUGCUUGUUUUUAGAAAAAAGAA